GUGCAGAAACACUAAGUACACUGACUGCAAACACGGAAACGGUGUCAGAGGGAAACGUCACCAUAGUUAAAUAUCAUCUUUAAUUCCACGUAGUUUAUGCAUGUGUGAUUAAAGGCAGAAAGUGCGCGUAAAAAUACACAACCGGGUAGCGUAGCAGUAUUUUUUCCCCCAGUUCUAUGGAUUUGCUGCAGCUUCUAUCAUGGGCCUGCAUCGUAUUUACAGUCGGCAUGUUCUCGACAGGACUGACCGACCUGAAGAAGAUGCAAGAAUCCAAAAGUGCAGACAACAUCCAGUUUCUUCCUUUCCUCACCACAUGUCUCAACAACUUGGGCUGGUUGUAUUAUGGGAUCCUGAAGAUGGAUCAAACAGUCAUCCUGGUCAAUAUUAUUGGAGCUCUACUCCAGAUCCUCUACAUCAUCGUGUACUUCUUCUACACUAAACAAAAGAGGCUGAUGAUGUCCCAGACUCUAGCAGCAGGGAUGGUGCUAACUUGUGGUUGGUUCUACUUCACCACGCUUCUUCCCGAGGGAGACACUCGGCUCAACCAGCUAGGGCUCACCUGCAGUGUGGUCACGGUCAGCAUGUACCUGUCGCCGCUCACCAACCUGGUAGAAAUAUUGCGUAGUGGAGAUGUGCGGUGCUUGUCCUUUCCUCUGACUGUAGCCACCCUGUUCACUUCAACUUCCUGGGUCCUCUACGGACUCCAGCUAAGCGACUGCUAUAUUGUGGUUCCAAACACACCUGGAAUCCUCACCAGCCUCAUCAGAUUUUAUCUCUUUUGGAAAUUUGCAUCUGUCAGUCAAAGCUCACCUUCCUAUAAGCCAAUGCAUAUAUGAGGAUGUUAUGAAAGUGGAAAAAGAUGACUGAUCUGUUGACUCUGAGGCCUGCAGCAAAGCCCUCCCAUCACUCAGCUUGUAUUUUUAAGACUUACAUGGAGGGAAACAAAAGUGAACGACUGCUGACAAAAUGGCUUCACUGUCUUCUGUUUGUUAAUUUUGUCUUUUCGGGGAGGAAUAAUUAUGUGUCUUUUUUUGUUUGUUUGUUUUCUUUUCUUUUUCACAAAGUAUUUUUUACACUUGUGACCUGUAUCCCCUCUCCUUAUCCUUUAAGUGCCUUUUGUUAGGUCAUAUUUGUCAUUAAAUAUCAGUGGCAUUUGCUGAUCUACCAACAUGUCAGGGGUCUGUGUGUUUACAAUCCAGUGAAAUGGACUUAAUCUUCCUCACCUCAUACUAGCCAAAGAAUUUGUGGAUUUGUUAUUUGCUUGCUGCUAUUUUAAUAUUUCAUAUAGUUGCUCUGGCCCCUGGGACUAAUGUAUGAAAUAAUGUAGUUAAUAAGUUUCAUAGUUUUUCCCACAGUUUGGUGAGGAAAUGGCGAAUUCAUAUAUCUUUGGAACUCAUGCACCUGUCGCAAUGCUGUCAGAAUAUUGAGUCAUAUCUGUGGCCGUAAAUUAUAUUUGUUCAUAAUUGUUUUCUUUUUUUUGUGUCUUUUUGAUAUAGAAUAUGUAUGUUGGCUUAUAUACAAGAUCAAAUAUUGGCUAACUAUAUUGUUAUUGCUAUUUUUGUAAGCUCUUAUCUGUGGAGUAAAUGAAAAGAGAAUAGAAACUUAAAUCAUGGGAUUUGUUUACAAUGACUGUUUAUUUUUCUGGUGGCUGGUUGUCAUGGGUAAUAGAUUCUUACUUGUUUCCUCAUUAUUGACAUAUGUUACAAAAAUUUAACAGCCAAAUGCUGAUUCACUACACUUUUAAAGGAUGUAAGAUGUUUAAAGGUGCCAUGUAAAUAAAUUUUUACCUUUAUCAA